AUGGAUUUAUCUGGAGAAGGUUGAACACCAUUGAACAGAGACAAGACAUGGCGGAUAAAAAGUCGAAGGACGAAGGGACCCCUCCGAAACAGAAGUUUAACUACACGGCAUCAUCUUCGUUGUCCGUUGCAAACUCUAACAGCGGUGCUGGAUUUUUUUCUUUGGGGGAGAGCAACAUCGCUGAACGAGCAAAGCAGCUGAAGAUAGAAAGAAGGGCGACCAUGGAGCAUGCGAAGCAACAAAUCGAGAAGAAAGAAAGAAGAGCAAGCAUGCAGCACAAGAACAAUGUCGGAAACGGUGAAAAUGGGGUCCAUGACACGGCGAAUGAGAGCAAAGGAAAGAACGAUUCGGAGAAGAAGACAGUCAAUGAGUUCGAUUCGUUGCUCAUUUCCAAUCAGGUGAACGAAAUCGAUAAUGUCUUAUACAAAAGCCUGGCUAAAGGAUUUCAACGUUUUAGAGAACAACGUCGCAUCGCCUCUUCGUCGUCAUCAUCCGUUGACGGAGGAGGAGCAGUACCUUCGGACAAGCCAAAAUAUUUUGCUACCGUUAAUUUUAUCGACCCAACCACCAAAGCAGAAUCUUCGUCAGAAUCAUCUUCUUCAAAUAGUCCGAAAAGCAAAGUAAAGAAUAUGCUUCAGCAGCAGAAAGGCGUGCUAAAGAAAAUAGGCGGUAGCAGCAAAUCAAUCUCGGCGUCGUUGACAGUCGAAAACGUAUACGAAAACCUCACCUACAUCUUCGAGCGCGAUUAUGGAUCAGUUCUUCGAUCAGUUCAGUAUAAAAGCGUGCGAACAGGCGAAACAAAUUUUAUCAGCAAGUUACCUGUUCGCCCCGUGAUCACUCGAAAUGGCAGCACAGUAGACAGCACCGAAGCAUCAACUCCAGACAAUCCCAAUACUCCAUGGGGCGGAGCGGCUUUGACGGCCAUGACUCCCGUUAGUGACCCAUCCGAGUGGCACACUGGUCCAUUCUGUCACGUUUAUAUUGCUGCAUGCGAAAAUCUCGACCACUAUAAGGACAAAAUUCGACCUGCUUUAAGGGCAUUCACCACUCAACUUGAAUCGACUGCUUCGAAUACGACCGCGAAUCAACAGGGUGGCCAUUCCGCCGAUUAUAUGAUUGUCUAUGUCCCUGUUGGUGACGGCCGUAAUAUUUCGUACCAGCCAAAACCUGCGACCCCCACUGCGAACAAGACGAAUAAUAACACCGGGAGGAUGGGAUUACUCGGCAUGGCGCGACAAAGAUUUGGAGGUGGAUCAAUGUCUGAGCAUGGAAGAAACGAUGAUGCGAUAAGUAAAAACUCCAUUGAUAGCGGUGACGAUGCAUUCUUCAUAAAUGGUGAUCCCAAUGCGGAUGGAGAUGGCGAUGAGUCUUGCCCUAUCAAUGUACUUUCGGCACUGCAACAUCUAUCAAAAACCGAAAGAUCUUUGUACAAAAAAAUCGUCACAGACUUUCCCAAUGGUAAGGUUUCCGUACUUUCAACGGGAUCUUUGGAUAGGUCGCCCCCCUCGGAAGAAGGGCUUUCUAUCAUGGUUCAGGAAUGGCAUGUCUUUAACAGAAUGUUGGGCACAGUCGUUGUGAAUGGGUUUCAAGAUCGCAUUCGGCGUUACACAAACGAGCUAAAACGUCUGGACGCUCAGCGUGCUACCGCCGCUACGGCAGCAAAAAAUUACGAAAGCGGAGGUGCUAUGAGUAGCAAGCCGCAAAAACCAAACCCAUACGCCUUCAAUCUCAGUCAUUUCUUUUUGGUGAAAGAGUCCCUGGCAUCUUCUUACGAACAGAUGCAACUGCCAGGCGAAGCCCUUUUGCAAUACGAUGAAUUCCGUUUGUACAUGCCAGACCUCACUGACAAAGAAGAGAGCAAGGUUCGACAUGCUCGUAGACUAUCAAAAGCUCUAAUGGAAGAUGAGUCAUCGCAGAAUCUAGCUGAACUCGCAGAUGCGGGAGAUUUUUUGGGAUUUCGAAAGAAAAUUAAAUCCGAAUACGAUUUGACUGCAAUUUUGGAUGUCAUGCGAAGAUACUUGUUUGCUCGUGAAUUAUCAUUGCUUUUUCGAAUGCAGGAUCCUGUUGAGUUGUUGUUACGUUGCCAAUCUUUUAUAAAAGUCAUGUACUCAA